CUUGAGCAAUCCCCCGCGGUCAAAACGAAACAGCUGACCGGAAUAUUCUCAUAUAAGAGAUGUUUGGCGCCUGUCAUAAAUGAGAUAAUGAGAGCUGAUACUACUACUACUAGCUGGCUCUAGCGUUGGAUGAACGUUGGCCGCUGAUCGAUGUCGCCUUGGAUAAUGCCGCCUUUUGCGGCUUGCAUCAGACCUGUAUUUUCAGUACUUCAUCCUCAACAUGUACAACGUCCUAAUCAGGUGAAAGCUGGGCGUUCCCGCAGUGGCACGUCUUGAGUGCCAGCCUCUUCAAAGGCCGUAUAUAUAGCUUCGGUCCUAGCUAGGGCUCAGCUCGUCUGGAAGCUUAGAAGCUCUAUCGUUUUCUCCAUUACGUCAGUCCAGGAGUCCGCUGUUUGCGUUGACUCUUCAACACCUCACUUCCCUGGCGACGCAUUGAAGUGCUUGCAGCACAAGAGACUCUGCGCCAAAGUUCAAGAGAAGCUGCUCAGCAAGUGCACAGUUUUGGCGCCGUUUUUGUUCCGCGCUUUGACACAACAGAAUGGCGGCAGCCCAUGUUACUGGAUCCCUGCUGGCCAGCGGUGUGAACACGCACGAGAGGCCAAGUAAAGUAGCUGGGCUCAGCGGUGUCGCCACCAUCGGCGAAGCGCAAUUCAAGCUCCUCUCACUAGUCGGAAGGAAACCGGAGCUGAAAGGUGUCGUGGCUGCAAAGUUGGCGGCCCUGGCUGACGAGCUAGAGAUGACGCUUUCCCUAGACACAGAAAAGUCGGACAACAAUAUCUCUCCAAGGGGUCCCCUAGACCAUCUUCCGCUCACAACCACAACAACCCCGGGUUCCGGCCCCUCGGAGCGGAAGCAUGAAGCGGAUUCCAACCCCGUUGACGAUCUCAAGAAACGUUUCCUGGAUUUCAAAAUCAACUAUUACCUGAAGCAGCCUCAGUUUGUUGAGCCGCUCAAGACUGGACAAUCACCCAAGAUUUUAUUCAUCGCUUGCUGCGACUCUCGCGUCACUCCCGAGUACAUCACCAAGGCGCGUCCGGGGGAGCUGUUCGUGCUUCGCAACAUUGCGAACCUGGUGCCCCCCAUGGAAGUGGCGGGGAAGCUGCACUACGGAACUAGCGCUGCGAUCGAGUACGCAGUUCUGCAUCUGAAGGUGGAGCACAUCAUCGUGAACGGGCAUCGCGCUUGCGGAGGCAUCCAGGCCCUUAUGACGCAAAAGCGGGGGGGCAAAACGACGGACACGGGUUCUAAGAGCUUCAUUGGGGACUGGAUGGACGUCGCACGCCCGGCCAAGACCAAGACGCUCGAGCAGUGCGGACACCAUGACCUCCAAACGCAGCUGCGCUUCUGCGAGAAGGAGAGUGUCAACAACUCGCUGAGGAAUCUGCUGACCUUCCCGUGGGUCAAACAAGCGGUCGAUGCGAAGCGGCUGCAACUGCACGGGUGGUAUUACGACUUCGUAGAAGGCGCGUUAUCCACAUGGAAGCCCAAUACUCCUGGCAUGGAGCUGCUCACUUGAGACUCCCAGUUGCGGAAAUCCCUUCGAUGCGAAACUAAGAGGAAACUAAGAGGACAUGGAUGGAAUUUUAUCGGGUAGCGCGCUCUAAGCCGCGUCGAAAUUGAACACUCAAAGCGCGUAUAGAAAAGCUCGGUUAGAGCCAUAUGCGACGGACGAAACCCACCCGAUGCGAGAUGAAGGAUCGAUAAGCGGUAAUACUGCGACUUGUUGGAGGGGGCUCGUUAUCCAUGUAGAAGCUGAAACUGUUUGGCGCGAAGAGGCUUGCAUAGAUGCCGGCAAACGGAAGUGGGGUGGAGGGUGGAAAGAGAGCAAGGAAACUAUAGGCAUCUAUCAGAGCACACGUUCACGUGGUCGGACGUGAUACUACGGCUUUGCGGUGGGCGGUCGUAUAAACGUGUAUAUAUAGCGCCUGACGCAUAAGUGCUCGUUUACAAGGGGAAGGUUCUGCCGCGACAAGUCAGAAAAACCGGAGUGUGUGAAGAAUGGAUUGACCGGCGUUGCGGCGCUGUAAAGCAACUUUCUGAUAGAACCCGUUUCACUACGAAGGAUUGCGCAUGGAGAAAGCCCCUUCGAUUGGAAACACGGUGUUAACGGCGCGUAGGGCGAAGCUCGUUCCAAUCGCAGCUUAGAUUCUUGCGCCGGGGUACGGAGAAAGUAUCCAGAUGAUUGAAAGCCGUUCUUCCUGCCUUUGAUGUGGAAUGGCAUUUAUUGUGACCCAACACUGACAUGAGCCGCGCCUCACUAUUCAUCAGCUUGCCAACAACUUAAGCCGUC